AUGGGAGUAUUCAAUCUAUUUGGUGGUAAAUCAGGAUUUGAUCCAAAUAAAUUUGAAAAAGAAUUAAAUUCAAUAGCAGAAAAUAUAAACAAGACAAAACAACAAUUAAUCAAAUUAAGAAUAAAUAAAAGAUCAAUAAAUAAAAAAUUGUCAUUAUUUAAUUUUAUAACAUACUUAUUAAUUUUUUUUUAUUCUUAUGUUUCAAUUCCAAUUGAUACAAUUGCAACAAAUAGGAUUCAAAGAUUUAUAAAAGGUCAAUCAAAAUUUAAUUUUUAUUUAUUAAUUGGUUUCCCAUUAAUUUCAAUUUUAAUUACUAAAAUUAUAAAUUUCAUAUUUAAAUAUUUAAUUAAUUCUCAAGAUCAUCAUUUAGAUAAUUUAAAACAAAGACAUAAAUUAAAAAUUGAUGAAUUAAAAAAGAUUACAAAAUAUAAUGAAACUAAUGAAUUAAUAAAUAAAUAUGAUGAUAAACCAAAGCCAACACCACAACAAUUGCAACAACAACAACAACAAUUCAUAAAUCAACCAAAUAAAAAUACCAAAUCCAAAAGUUUAAGAGAACAAGCAUUAAAAGAAUUGCAUUUAAAUGAACAACAUUUAUCAUCAAAUCAAUCACCAAUAAUUCAGCAACAAAUAAAUCAUACUCCCAAACCAAAUCUACAAACCUCAUCAUCUCCUGUAUCUCCACCACCCGCACCACAAAAACGUACAAUACAAGAUAAAUUACUUGAUCUUUUUAUUGGAUCAGAUAAUUCAGAAAGUAUAGAAAAUAGAUAUGCAUUAAUUUGUUCUCAUUGUUUUUCUCAUAAUGGUUUAGCUCCUCCAAAUUGUGAUGAUCCAAAUAAUAUAAAAUAUAAAUGUUGGAAAUGUGGUUCAAUGAAUGGUAAAGGAAUGUUAUUUGAUGAAAAUCAUUAUAAUGAUGAUCAACAUAGUAUAGAUGAAAAAAGCGAACCAAAGGAAGAAACUAAGGAAAAACAUGAAGACGAUGAUAAAACGGAAGAAAAUUUAGAUAUUCCUGAAAUGAUUGAAGUAAAGGAACAUUUAAAUGAGAAUGAUCCAAAAGAAAAAUCAAUUGAAGAAGCUGUUCCUGAAAUUGCACCAAUUGAAAAAGAAAUUAAAGAAUAA